AUGCCUUCACACUACCGGUACCAGUACACACGUAGUUUUGCUGAACGCGCGAAGGAAACAGAAUCCGCGCGCUUGCGCUACCCCAAACACAUUCCCAUCCUUUGCGAGCCCACUUCAGCCGCUAGCGCCUCUACACCGCGUGAUGUGAGGCUCUUCUCCACACGGCAGCAGGUGCAGCGCGAGCUGGACUGUAAUAAGUUUCUUCUCCCUGAAACUGCUACCGUUAUGGAGUUCAUGAUGGCGCUGCGGCAGCGGCUGCUGCUAGAAGAGGGUCAAGCCGUAUUUGUGUUUAUAGGAAAUGAACUACCGCCGAACAGUGCCUGCUUGGGAGACAUUUACGCAAGGGCAAAAGACCCUGAUGGCUUUCUGUACGUGUCGUAUGGUGUGGAAAAUACAUUUGGUUGA